AUGGGCUCGGUAGUCAACUGGUCAGGUCAAGGAUUGCAAAAACUGGGUCCAACCUUACCCUGUGAUGCUGAUACUCACACUCUGAUUCUGGACAAAAACCAGAUAAUUAAAUUGGAACACUUGGAGAAAUGCAGGAAUCUGAUGCAGCUCUCUGUAGCCAACAAUCGUUUGGUGCGAAUGAUGGGUGUAGCAAAACUGACUAAACUCCGGGUGCUAAACUUGCCCCAUAAUAGUAUUGGGUAUGUGGAAGGGCUGAAGGAUUUGGUGCACCUGGAAUGGCUGAACUUGUCAGGAAAUAACCUUAAGGCCAUUGAACAAAUCAAUUCCUGUCUAUCUCUUCAGCAUCUUGAUUUGUCGGACAAUAACAUAGCUCAAUUAGGCGAUCUCUCCAAGCUUAUGUCACUGAAGACACUGUUGCUACAUGGAAAUAUUAUAACUUCACUUCGCACUGCCCCUGUUUGCCUACCUCAGAAUCUGACUGUUCUUUCUUUGGCGGAAAAUGAAAUCAGAGACUUAAAUGAGGUUUCUUUCCUGGCCUCUCUUUGUCAAUUGGAACAGUUGUCAAUUAUGAACAAUCCUUGUGUGAUGGCCACACCUUCUAUCCCUGGCUUUGACUACAGGCCAUACAUUGUCAGCUGGUGUCUGAACCUUAAAGUUCUUGAUGGAUAUGUGAUUUCUCAGAAGGAAAGUUUGAAAGCAGAAUGGCUCUACAGUCAAGGUAAAGGAAGAUCGUAUCGACCUGGGCAGCAUGUUCAGUUAGUCCAGUACUUGGCUACUGUUUGUCCUCUUAUAUCUACAUAUGGUCUCCAGACUGAAGAGGAUGCCAAACUGGAAAAAAUACUGAGUAAGCAGAGGCUCCACCAGAGGCAGCUGAUGCAUCAAGACCAAAAUGAAGGACCACCUACAUCUUCUACUCCCAACAAAACACUGCCAGUUACUUACGAACACAGCAGUCCAGCUCAGCCACCACAGAUAGUUCUUGAAAGUGAACCCAUCAUCCAGAAGAAUUCUUGGGUUGGACCAAGUGCAAACGAUGAUCAUUCCUAUGCAGUAAAGAAUACUUUUCUUCUUGAGAGAAGUUUUCAUAAGGAGCUAUACCUUGAAGAUGUACAGACAGAUGAAGACAAACUAAACAGCAGCCUGUUAUCCUCAGAGUCUACUUUCAUGCCAGUUGCUUCAGGCUUGUCUCCAGUGUCUCCUGCUUCAGACCUGAAGCUACAUGGAAUCAAUUUGGGCCUAGAAGAUGAUGACCAUACAGGGAUCGAAUGUGUGAGAGAUGUUAAUAGAGGAGAAACAGCUAACAAGCAAGAAGCUUCAUGUGCUACAAGAGAACACUCCAACAGAGCGGUAGGAAGUGUGGAAACUCAAGAGAAUAUCAAAGAGAGUAUUCUGUUGCCUUCUCCUGAUCCAGUAACAGCUAGCCUGACUGCUAAUACUAGCAACUGUUCAGCAUCCUCUGAAGACCAAGUUCUGCAUAGUCACCCCAGCACCUCAGUAGGUGCUGAAUCGGGAGCUACAACUCUCUGUCCUGACCAGAUGGCAGGAGGAAGUUCUGAUUCAUUAGCUGUUGUCGAUCAAGGCACAGCUGAACUGCAAAGAAUGACUAAAGCAGCUACCAAACUUCAGUCCUGCUGGAGAGGAUUUUACACAAGGAACUAUCAUCCCCGAGCCAAGGAAGUGCGGUAUGAAAUUCGACUAAACAGAAUGCAGGAGCACAUCAUUUGCUUAACUGAUGAAAUAGAAAAACUAAGAAAAGAAAGAGAGGAAGAUAAGAUUCAGAGGCUUGUACAGGAGGAAGCUGUCAGAUUUCUUUGGAACCAGGUUAAAUCCCUUCAACAAUGGCAGCUUUCAGUGACACAAAAUUUAGGUGCUUCUUGGCAACCUGUGAUCCCUUCAGCCAGUACUUUCUGUCCAUCCGAACCACCUAUUCGAUCAUCCACACUUGAGCAAGAAACCCCACCAGAUGUUAGUUCUGCUUGGUUAGUUCCAGCUAGUGAUGUUCUUCAGGAAAAGUCUUUGUUGCAGUUCCCAGAUUCUGGUUUUCAUUCUUCCAUGGCUGAUCAGACUCAUGCCGGUGACUUAUGUAGCUCUGAAAAAAGUUUAACGGAAGGAACAGAGAGCUCUCUUUCAGUGGAGACUGUCAAACAGUGUGGCAAUUCUGUUUCAGCGUAUUCAUCAGAUAUAGAGGAUGACCAUGGGGAAUGUGGGCAAAGUAAAGACAGCUCUAGUACUGAGCAGGACAACAAACUAAUAGAACAGUAUUUGAAAUCUGUUCAGCAGCUGGAAGAGGCUGAUGAAGGGACAAACUGCAAUGAUGAAACAGGGGGUAGCUGGCCACAAAUCACUGCUUCAGCAGAAAGCCAAGAUUCUUCGUCUGACAGUGUCUCUGUAGAUCUCCCUCAAGAUACAUCUUCCCCUGCCCGAGGUGAAAUCAGUCAGACACCAGAAGGCUGCAAACUGAAUUCAGGAAUAGUAGAAGGGAAGCAAACAGACUGUGAUUCUUCAUUUCAGAUGCUGCAUGUUGGGAUAGCUGUAUAG